GAAAAAAUGGAAAAAGUUUCAGCAGCGUGGGCAAUCUCCGCGGGCAAGCUCUCUGCCAGCUACAAGCCAGCCUUACGCACCAACUCAGCUGUCCACGUCGUUGGACAUUUUGCCAGCAUCAGCAUCGCCUUCUCCAGCUAUCGAAGCGUCAAAACCCAUUAUCACGGUAUCGACGCCGGAAAUUGCAACCGAGCAACAGGAGCCUCCAGUAAGCCUUUGGAACAGCGUUUUCGAAAGGUCAAGCAAAGAAACCAAGAAUUGGAUUCGAGGACAUGGUCUCGACCUUUCGGAACAAGCGAAGCCAGAAGACCAUAUUAGAGAAAUCACUCGCCUUAUUGAAAGCAACACACUAUGUACAGAUAAAAAUGGGGACUCGAAGAUUGAUAUUAAUUAUCAAAAGAUUGUUUUCCGUGAAUAUAUUGCCGACGUUGCUGCAUUUCUUACCAUGGCGGGCGAUAUUGCCGUCAACUUUGCGCCGCCACAAGCCAGCGCGCCUUGGGCUGUUGCAAAAGCCAUGCUGAGAAUUCCAGUCAAGCAAAGCGACCAGAUGGCAGCCCUUGCCGGGACCGUCCAGUGGUUCACUCGCAUAGUUCGCAGAGGCCAGCUAUACGAGCUCUUGUAUAACGCAAAAACGACUGAUGGAAACGCGGUGCUAAACUUGCAUGAUGCACUAUUGGACGUAUAUGUCGCGGCAAUAGAGCUUCUUACGCGAUGCGAUAGCCUGAUUGAAGGCGGGAUGGCUAAGCAGACACUUAAUGCCAUUCUUAGGCCAGAGCAGGCCACAGGGCUUGUUGCAGACUUGUUUCAAAAGGAACAGAAGCUUUUACAAGAAGUUGCAGUCUGUGAAGCUUCCCGAAGUGAAAUUGCCGGUAGACAGGCCGAUGAGAAAUCAAGAGACUUGCUCUUUAACGUGAAUAAGCUCUCCUCGCCGCUAGCACGAGUUGACGAGGGGGUAAUGGACAUUCGGGAAAUGAUUGACGAGGACCGAUUGCGAGGGCUUUUACAAUUUAUCAGUCCGGAAGGGCAUGGGAAAAGCCACGUCGAUAUUGCAGAUUCGAGAAUCGACGAUACAGGCAAUUGGCUGAUGGAGCACGAAGGGUUUCGCGCCUGGCAAGCUAUACCUUCAUCAUCAACGAUAUUAUGGCUCAAAGGAACCGUUGGCACCGGCAAGACAUACCUCACCUGGCGGGCGAUUGAGUAUGUAAAGGCGACAUUGGAAGAAGGAUCUGGUAACGAAGGAUUUGCCUUUUUCUACUGCAGCCGAUCAGCAACUUCGUUGCAAGAUCCUCUGGUAAUUCUAAGAAGUUUUGUUCGCCAGCUGUUUGACAAGGCAUCUGAAACCGGUUACAAUCGCUUGAUCCAAAAACGCAAAGUAGCGGAGAAUGAAGGGCGGAGUCUUGGGCUGAAGGACUGCAAAGAGCUAAUUUUGGAACUGAUAAAUCUCUAUUCCAAGUCGACUAUUAUUCUCGAUGCUUUAGACGAAGCUAGCUCGACGAGUACAAACCAGAACUUGGCGGAGAUUCUCAUCGGCAUACUGGACAAGGCCAAGAAACCGGUUAAACUCUUUAUAUCCAGUCGUCCAGACCGCGAAUACCUGCAGGCGUUUAAAGCUAACGCUACAAUCACUAUCGAAUCCAACAACCAGCAGGCAGAUAUUGAAAAAUACCUAGAGGACAGACUUUACUCGACUUUGUCGUUUAAGCAACGUCAAAAGGAAACCCAGACAUUGAUCCUAAAUGUCUUUUCUUCGAAAAAUAGCACCAUGUUUCGGUGGAUUCAUCUACAGGUCCAAAGACUCAACAACUACACCUCUCAUGAUGCAGUCAGAUCCUGGGCCACUACACUGCCCAGUACUCUGACCGAGGCAUAUGACCAGCUAUUUGAUGAUAUGAGAAAGCAUGACGAGCACGACAUAGCCUUGGCCGAGCGUGCCAUCAAGUGGGUGCUAUGCUCUAUUUUACCACUUAGCUCCGAGGCUUUGUUAGAAGCCAUUCGCUAUUCGCUACAUGGUUCAGUAGUGGUUCAAAAAGACAAACAGACUGAACAACAGAUAUUAUCCCUCUGCCGAGAUCUGUUGACAAUUGAGCCAAAGCGCAAGGUGUGGGCACUGCCUCAUGCGUCUGUUGCUGAAUACUUUGAGCUAAAGGGCAUAACGCUAGCAGAGUGCGAUUUAUUCGCUUCCAAGAUAUUAAUUGAUUGUCUUGUAAACUUUGAGCCGGAGACUUUGAAGCGUGUGGCAAGGUUGUGGCCAGUUCGGAGCUUUGAGCAGUAUGUUGUCUACGCAUGGUUUCUGCACGUCGAACGAUAUGACAAAUGGCUCGGUUCAGCAAAGGGCGCGAAUGCAGAUCCAGGACUUGUUAUGGCUCUCAAGAGAUUUCUUGGAUCGCCAGAAGAAAGCAGCGAUUACUAUAGACGAUGGAUUGAUAACGCUGAUACCCUCAUUGAUAAAGGACGCCGAUAUCAUGAUGGGCGAAUCGGCUAUUCAGUAAAGACGGAGCUAUUGCCUAGCGACAUGGCUUUGUAUACUGUAUGUCGAUAUGGAUUCUACUACACCUUGCGAGACUGGUGGGAGGGAACCGCAAUUAGCAAGGAAAUGGCGCUCAAAGAGUGCAAACUCGGCUACACACCGCUUGUUCAUGCAGUCAAGAGCGGGUGCAUACCAAUUCUCAAACAUUUGAUCAGCUUGGGUGGCACAGAUUACUCGCCAUCUGAAAGAUGUAAUGCCUUUGGCAGCCCGUUGAUUGCAGCCGCCUGUGUCCUAAACAUACAGUCAGUCGAGAUUUUGCUCAAGGCCGGUGCAAACGCAGACGUUUCUGUGGAAUGCGGCAAAUACGACACCGCUCUUGAUGCAGCGGCUUCGAGUUAUGUCUUUGACGAGCAGGAACUUGUCGAAAUUGUCCAGUUAUUGCUCGACAGCGGCGCAGACGCCAACAAGCCCUUGAAGAAAGGUCGAUAUGGCAGCGCACUGGAAACGUUAAUCUGUCUCAACUUUGACGACAUCAACAUCCUGAGGGAGCCGUUGGGCAUGUUGCUCAAAGCUGGUGCUGAUCCGACAAUGGUGUUUGAAAGGGGGCAUUACGGCAGUGCACUCGCCGCCGCUGCGUUUCAUGGACUUAAAGAGCUGCUCGUUGCUAUGAUUGGGGCUACGAGCAAAGAACGGGCAGUUGAGUGCCUUCGCUUCGGUAGACAUCCUGACAAAUGCGUCUUGGGAUUGAAGAAGACGGCCGAGAAAUGGAGGGAUGGGAGAGUGGAAACUGUAAAAUAUCUUGCUGAUGAAGUAGGAGUGGAUGAAGAGACGCUGCAUAAGAUUGGUCUGUGGGAUGUCACGCCUGAAAUGAGGCAGGGUGAGUAUUAUAUAGCCAUAUUCUAGUAUAUAGAUGUAAUUAAAUACAUGUUGAACGCUUUAUUUAAA